AACCAUCACCUCAAGCGUCAGAGCCAGCAUCACCUCCAUCAGCUGUUCCAGAACUGGAACAAGUGUUAACAUCUUCUUCAGCAUAUGUGCCAGGUCCACAGCUACAAUCAGCUCAAUCAUCAGCUUUACUUAGAAUUUUAACUCCAGCUCUAAAAAUAGAGACAGAGCCAACUCCAGCGCCAGAGCCUUCCUGCCACGGGCAUGUGACCCCAAAGAACCAGCUGAAUGAGGAGAAGCCCAGCCUCAUGGACUUCCCUCCCAAGCUGGUGGCAGAGCAGCUAACGUACAUAGAUGCGGAGCUGUUCAAGAAGGUGCUGCCUCAUCAGUGCCUGGGCUCCAUCUGGUCCAAGCGGAAUAAGCCUGGUAAUGAGCACCUGGCACCCACAGUCUGUGCUACCGUCACCCAAUUUAACAGUGUGGUCAACUGUGUCAUCACCACCUGCCUUGGAAACCCAAGAAUGAUAGCCCAGGACAGGGCCAUGGUGGUGGAGCACUGGAUAAAGGUGGCCAAGGCCUGUCAAAUCAUGCGGAACUACUCUUCACUGCAUGCCAUCCUCUCUGCUCUGCAGAGUGUCUCAAUUUACCGUCUGAAGAAGACAUGGGAGAAAGUUUCCAGGAAGAGCUUUCAAAAAUUUAAAAAGCUGUGCACUGAAGAUAACCCACAGAGAAGGGAACUGUUCCUGAAGGAGCGGCCAUCUAAAUGGGCCACCCUGAUGAUGAGCCUCCAGAGAGCCCAGAAAAGGCUGCAGAAGAAGGGUGUUGUCCCCUUCCUUGGCACUUUCCUCACUGACAUGGUGAUGCUGGACACUGCAAUGGAGGACUAUCUGAAGGGCGAUGAGAUCAACCAUAAGAAAAAAACUAAGGAAUACAAAGUAAUGAAAGAGAUCAUGCUCCUCCAGGUGGCUGCAGAUAACUACACUCUAGAACCGAAGGAUCAGUUUAGAGCCUGGUUCCAGGCUGUGGAGCGACUCAGUGAGGAUGAGAGCUACAUCCUGUCCUGCCAGCUGGAGCCCCAAUCCUAACUGACCAGUGGAACUCAAGAACAAGAAGAAUUGGCCACAAUCAAGCUCAGGACUGAGUGAAUGUCCAGUGAUAGUGCAACCUUUCCUCAGCAGCUUGGACACUUGCUGUGAUGAAUCCCAUCUCCUUGACACUUUUUCCUCCCAUCUAUUUACCUACUUGGAGUGGCAAUAUUUAUCUUAAAUAGUAAAAGCUAGAUUUGAAUAUUAUUAUAUUAAAGCCUUCUUUCUUUUAUA